GAUAAGCAAGAAGACACAUUUAGGGAGCACAGUGCAGCUUAAAGGCUUGAAUCAAGGUGAGACAAGCCACAUCCUUUAAGACAGCAGUGAUGGCCUCAUCCCAACUUCACCUCACUGUAUCCUUGUUCUGUUUGGCCAUGACUGCCAGCAUCAUAUCAUGUGGCCGAUCUCAUAUGGUUUUGAACUCUGCACUACAGGCAUCUCAUGGCACUCCUGCUGAUGAAGAGAUGCCAGAGAGAUACUCCUUUCCAGAGCUUCAGUGGUUGCUCAGUAACUCAGACCCAACACUCAUCCAGUCUGACAGUUCACCUCUGGGGGUUCUACAGAGUGGAUUGGACCUAAUGAGGAGGGAGAGUGGAGACAAAGAGGCUGCAAGAAAACCAGGCUGCAAGAACUACUUCUGGAAAUCCAGAACGGCAUGCUAACAACAGGCAACCCAACCAAAAGAUCCCAGAGGCCCGGUCACAAUCAACAUGCUGCCAAUUAUAUAUUUAUUCCCUUUCCUGAAUUCACACUUGUCAUGUGACAGUCUUUGAAGUGAACCUCGGUAAUUAUAGCCAUUAUCUGUUAAGAGUGUUCCUCAAUCUCUUGUCUAUGUUGCUCUAAAACAUUGACUGCUUGUAAUAAACUGAAUAUAGCAUUAA